UUAACUGAUUAAGGACUAACAAAACACUCAAAUAAGACUUUCUUUUACAUCAGUGUGCUCACGGUUCAAGAAAAUCAACAGUAUUUAUAAAUACCCAUCGAAUUCUGUGCAACCACGGACACACACAGAUAUAAUUUACGUUCCCGUCAGAACUACCCUCACGAUAACGAAAACAAGACGUCAAUAACAAUGAGUGAUGAACAGUUUCAACAACUCUUAGCCAGACUUUCCGUAGGUAAUCAAAAUCCUACUCAAGUUGCUUUAGCUCAAAAUGGAAAUUUUACUGGUUGUUUGUCGAGAUUUGAUGGUGCGAAAAUUUCCAGUGUUCAAGCAUUUAUUGACUUGGUAUCGAUAUAUAAAGACUGUGCGCAAGUAUCAGAUGAAAAUGCGAUGAAAGGACUUCCGAUGUUACUAGAUGGUUUCGCUGCCGAAUGGUAUCAAGGUGUAAAAGCUACCAUAAGUACCUGGAAAGAAGCAAUUGAUCUUUGGAAGCUUACGUUUGGACCGCAAAAACCUGCCUAUCGUGUGUAUCGUGAAUUAUUUGCAAAUGAACAAGAUGAAAGUACACCUACUGACAUUUUCGUUUGUAAAGCCCGUUCUACGCUAGCACAACUUCCAAAUAAUACUCUAACAGAAGAAACUCAAUUAGACAUGGUAUAUGGACUCCUACAUCGAAGAUUACGUGAAAAACUUUCUCGCAACAAAAUCAACAACUUCAACGAACUUCUAUCCCAAGCUAGACUAGUUGAAGAAAGUUUGAACGCACCGACUCACGAAAUGAAAAGACAAAUGUCCACGCAGACAAAGAUAAACGUCCAAGAUGUCUGUAUUGUCGUAAUUUUGGCCAUGUAAAAGACGAUUGUCGCAAGCUGAAGAAAACUCAGUCAGCAGAUUCAAGAAAUUCUGUACCACAACCAACUGCUUCAAGUAACAAAGCUGUACUUCAAAAAGAGCCCAAGAAGAAUGAUGGUAUUGCGUGCUAUGGAUGCGGAAAUCCAGGUUACAUCAGAAGCAACUGAAGCAAGAUGACCAUUUUGUGAUGAGUACCGAAUUCCUCUGUAACACAAUCAACCACGAAUCAUCAUUGACUAGGCCAUUGGUUCCCAUAAGUAUACAUCAGCAUAAUGGAUAUGCUUACUUAGAUACAGGUGCAAAAUCCAGUGUUGCCGGAUCUGCAUUAGCUCAGCUACUAUUAAAAGACAAUAUACCAUACAUUAUCAAGAACGACCUUGAAAUGUCACUUGCUGAUGGUAUUAGAAGAAAAGUUACCGCCCAUAUUUUUGACAUUGAAAUCAUAUUUCAUUGAAGAAGUGUUCCUAUAGAAAUAUUAGCUGUCCCAGAACGUCAAAACAGUCGUACAUUACUAGGUGUAGACUUCAUUCACAAGGCUAACGUUAUCCUUGAUAUUCCAAACAAGACAUACUUCUUUGGUGAAAAUCCACAUGAAUGUUAUAACUUUACCACAGA